CCCGGUUGCUUGUCCAGGCCCCGGCCAGAACGGCAGGACAGCCUCGCCCAGAGCCACUCGUGGGAAGAGCUGAGCCUGGAGAGGCAGCAUCUCGGUCCAGAGAGAGAGCGAAGGCCAGGAGCCGGGCGCAGGCGCAGGCGAGCUGGCCCUGAUGAUGGAGAUAAACCCAGACCGGUCCUUCUUCCCCGGAAACCACUGGCUCUACUUCUCCGUGUACCUAUUCGCCUUCCUGGUGGGGCUGCCCCUGAACCUGAUGGCCCUGGUGAUCUUCGUGGGUAAACUUCGGCGCCGCCCAGUGGCUGUGGAUGUGCUCCUGCUCAACCUGACCCUCUCGGACCUGCUGCUGCUGCUCUUCCUGCCCUUCCGCAUGGUGGAGGCGGCCAGCGGGAUGCGCUGGCCCCUGCCCUUCAUCCUCUGCCCACUCUCCGGCUUCCUCUUCUUCACCACCAUCUAUCUCACCUCCCUCUUCCUGGCGGCUGUGAGCGUCGAGCGCCUCCUGAGCGUGGCCUACCCUCUGUGGUACAAGACUCGGCCGAGGCUGGCUCAGGCGGGGCUGGUCAGUGGCAUCUGCUGGUUCCUGGCGGGUGCUCACUGCAGUGUGGUCUAUGUCACUGAAUUCUGGGGGAACUUCACCCAGAGCCAGGGCACUAAUGGGACCUGCUACCUGGAAUUCAGAAAGGACCAGCUGGCCAUUCUGCUGCCCGUCCGGCUGGAGAUGGGUGUGGUCCUUUUCGGGGUGCCUCUGCUCAUCACCAGCUACUGCUACAGCCGCCUGGUAUGGAUCCUCGGCCGAAGCUCCAGCAGACGCCGGCGCAGGAGGGUGGCGGGGCUGGUGGUGGCCUCACUGCUCAACUUCCUUGUCUGCUUUGGGCCCUACAACGUGUCACACUUGGUUGGCUACAUUCAGGGCAAGAGCCCGACGUGGAGGAGUUACGUGCUGCUCCUCAGCACUCUGAACUCCUGUGUCGACCCCCUUGUCUACUACUUCUCAUCAUCAAGGUUCCAAGUGGACUUCCACGAGCUGCUGGGGAGGCUGACUGGAGGCUGGGGCCCUGGCAGCCAGGAGGUUAGUGUGGAACUGAAGGUCAAGGACGGAGGAGAGUGGCUGGCGCAGGACUGUCCAACCUAGAAAUCAGGGGUAGACUCGAGGAAGGCUUCAGAAUAGUUGGCCUUAUGGCCUGUGCUGAAAUUGAGCUCCUCUGGGGCAGGAAGGCAGAGCAAGUGUAUGUACUCACGGCAGAGCUUAACUCAAGCCAGGCAGGACCUUGCAGCAGCAGGCUGGGUCCCGGUGCAGCUCAAGGACAGAGCAGCCACCUGGACUUCCUAGGGAUGUGCCGAACUCUUGAGAUCCCACCUCCCUUCCCUUCCUCCCACUCUUGAGAGGCUGCUGUGGAGGAAAACGAGCCAGUGCUCGGACAAAGAGCUGUCCGUGACUCUGGGCAGGAAAGGGUAGGAAUCCAGCCUUCAGAGCUACUCCUGUCCAGAUGUCAGGGGCAGGGGACACAGGGCUCCAGGGAAGAGUGAAACCUGCCCUCCCUCGGAGGGGCUUUUCCAGAAAGUUUCUAUUGCUCAACCAACUCAGAUCUUUAAGGAUGCUUAUGAACCAUGA